AUGCAGUGCUCAUCACAUGUCGUUGCAGACCUAGUCAAUGAAGCUGUUCAUGGAGAAAGGAAGAUUGGGCCUGAUGGUGCCCGCGACAUUCCUUGCCCAGUUGGAGGGCUAUCUCAACCUCAAUUAGAUGCCACCCGCAAUUCCAGCGGGGUUCAGGUCCAGGGCCUGUCAGCCAAUAAAGAAGAACCGCGCCCUCUGGGCUAUCUGACUCUAAAGAUCAAGCAAGAUUAUCAAAGCAAAACUGGCCGAAAUGCAUUUGAUCUUCUCUUCACAAUGAGUCACCUAAUGAACACUGCUAACAACAGCAUACUUCGCACACUGAAUAGUGUCAGCAAUUUGGUUUCUCCUUUUAAAGACAAACGGGUUGCUUUUUGCUAUCCACCCAUUGCUAUUCUCAUAUCAAUCGUGUUUUCCGUAUCUGGCAAAUAUUUUCGAUUUCUCGCUUUUAGUUUCAUUUGUUUGGAAUGGUUCUUUCAUUGA